ACCUGAAUACUUAAUAUUUGUAAGUUAAUAAUUUGAGAAACCAUAAGCGACAUUGUUGCUUUAGUUUGUUUACUAUUUUAAUGUUUGUGUAAAAUGUUUACUUUGUUCAACCCAAGAAAACCCCAAUUCAAUAAUAUCUUAUUGAGAGUUUCUAAAGGACACGUCUCUAUAGAAACCUCUUUUAUCAUCCCUUAUUCUCUUCCUUUAGAAAAUCUUCUUUUUAAUGUGUCUGUGAUUGGUUAAGGUCCAUAUGAAUCCUUUGUGUAGAUCUAACUAUACGGAUCUGUGACGUUACCUAAUUCAGGGACUAUCUUUUUUCCACCUUUAUCCUAAACAUGAUUUUACUGACUUUGAGUUUGUCGGGUUAUUUCAUUGUCUUCUCAGUUCAACAAUGAUAACGGACUAUUAUGACCGCACCAGUUCUGUUGUAAACAAAGAAAGCAAAAACAAUGUACUGCAAAUGGAAAUUGAAUAAUCAUGUUUUCUGUUAGAGAGGUGUUAAAAUCAAUGGCAAUGCAUAAGAGCUAUUGUGAAGGAAUUACGCAAACGUCAGCUUUCUCAUGCUAUAGGUUCACGAUUCUAUUGUUUUUGUAGCCAACACCUGUUUUCGAAAGGUUUACAAAAGGCCCUGCACCACUGCUAGGGACACAUUGACACCCCGAAUGUGAACAAAGCAGCUCCGACCGAUGGACUUGAGCACGUUACUCUCAUCGAAAUGAAGACAUUAAUACAUCGUUGGCUAUUACUUUUAGGUUUAUCGUUAACAUGGGCAAAAGAAGCUGAACUACCAUUAUGUCCUACGAAUCUUCAGUAUUUUCCCCAAAAUCUGCCCAUGCAUUGCAGAAUGCCAGGAAACUCUGACUCAAAUCAAAACCCAGGCCAAUACCCCGGAAUGCAGCAACCGUUUGGCACGAUGCCACCGUACUACCAAAGUCCACCACCAAAUAAGCAACCCAAUCCUAUUCCGAUUCCAAUACCACCUUUCCCAGGAAUGCCAGGCCAGAUGCCAAUGCCUCCAGGCAUGGGAGGUCCCAUGGGCCCGCCCAUGCCAGUGUUGCCACCCGUGGGGGGACCUAUGCCUAUGCCAAUGCCUAUGGUAGGCGGGCCCUCACAUAAGCUACCAGUAAUAGUCAUGCCAUUUUAUUCGCCAGACCAUUCAUUUAAAAGGCCGCCAACUGAAUCGCCUCAUAAAAAGGAUAAACCGAAGACAAAGAAAAAGAAGAAGAAAAAGAAAUCUCAUGAUUCCGACGACGACGAAAGCUCUGAUGACGACUCGUCUGGAGAUUCAUCUGACCGCGGACACGGACAUGGUCACGGUUCUGAUGAACACGGCUGGUGGCAAGGUCAUAAAAAGUCAGGCAAACGGAGACCAACAAGAAGGUUUAAUAGACAUCAUAAGUCCAAAAGUCACAAAUCGGACAAAAAGAAAGAUUUACUAACUCCAAUUCUGCAGUAUGUAACUAAAGACGGCUAUGUGAUAUUUGAAAAGCAGAUAUCUAACAAUGAAGCGAAGGACUGGUUAGGACCCAAAAAUGAAAUGAGAGUUGAGGAAGAGGUAAAGAAUGAAGACAAUAACGUUUUAGAAGUUGUUCAGAAAAGUGUAGAGGAAACCACCAAGACUGAGGUAAGAGAGAAAGAGAGGGAAAGGGAGAGGGAGAAGGACAGGGAGAGGGAGAAAGACAGGGAGAGGGAGAAGGACAGGGAGAGGGACAAAGAGAGGGAGAGAGGAAGGGAAAGAGAAAGGGAAAAAGAGAGGGAGAGGGACAAAGUGAGGGAGUGGGAGAAAGAGAAGGAGAUGGACGUGAUGAAAGCCGAGAGUAAAGAGAAAAGUGCCGAAGAAGAAACAGAAGAUAAAUUAACGAAUAACCAACCUGUACAAAAGGGGCACGUCAGGAAACACCGGCAAAGAAGAGUUGGUAACUUAAUAAGCCAGCCAGGACUCGAUCCCUAG